AUGAACGCUUCGUCAAUCGUUGUCGAAGAGGAUGUGUCAAUCUAUGCAUAUAAACCAUUGCAAAAUAAGGAUGACUUUCGCCUUGUUACAGUUUUACCCGGUCUUUUUGAGGACAAAAUUAUUCUCAAGAUUUCACAUAAUUCGGAGACAGGGUUGCUGAUCUCGUCGUGGACGCACCCAAUCGAAACGAUCAACCCAUCCCUCUAUUUCCAGCCGAACGAAAGGAGAGAAGACUACGGACCGAAAUUUGAAGCCUUGUCCUACACAUGGGGCUCUGCGCUUCAUCCUGAAACAGUAUACAUAGCAACCGAGACCUCCUUCUCGAAACUCUCCAUCAGACAGAAUCUCGCCUCUGCUCUACGCCAUCUUCGCUAUCCUGAUAAACCACGCACGAUAUGGGCCGACGCCCUUUGCAUCAACCAGCUGGAUGUCAACGAACGCAACCAGCAGGUUUCUCGAAUGGUCGAUAUUUACCCACGCGCUCAGCGCGUGUUGGCGUGGCUAGGUCCAGACUCGGUAGAUGUUAGCUAUGCGAUGCGAGCCCUCGAUUUCCUGGGAAGUCAGGUUAUAACCACUGUCGACAACUCGACCAUAUUCGCCCCUGAAGCGACAGAAAGACAAUGGGACCACCGAACGGUGCUCCCGUACGAUCGCGGCACUUGGAUGGGCAUUGCACAGCUCUUGAAUAGAGACUAUUUCAAACGGCUGUGGGUCGUCCAGGAGAUCCAGCUCGCCAGGGAGGUUAUUAUGCGGGAUCUCGUUUACGGGCUCUUGGGUCUGCUACCAGCGUCGUUUUCUUUUCGGAUCGAGCCCCGCUACGGCCUACCGGUCGGACACGCUUACAAAGAGGUCAUGUUGGCGUACAUUGAGCAUGCGCAGCGACUUGACUUUUUUGAAGCUUGCUCUCUCGCGCGAAGAGAGAAGACCGGAACUCCUUCGUGGGUGCCGGACUUUUCGGCACCGCCGGCGGUCGGCAGAGAGGUCGGCAUGCAGCUCGCUGCUGGGUACUCAAGAUGCUGGGCAGAAUAUAGAUGGGAGGAGCAAUUACAGCAGGAAAUCUUGAAGGUAGCCGGAGUACAAUGCGCCAGAAUAACACAUGUGUCGAAAACAAUCCCAGUGAACGACAAUCUUUCAGAGACACUGGCUGAUGUGAGGGCAAUGGAGCCUGACAAGCUCGACAUGGCGCCAUUGUAUAUCACAGUUUCCAAAUCUGGAAACCUGGUUAACACAGGACUCCCCAAACGCUCUGUUUGGGAAAUGGGCCAAGAGAGAAAUGCCCUGUCCUGA